AUGUCCUCACCACCACCCUACCACCAAGCCCCGGGCCCAAACCCCCUAAAAAGACCAUCCAUAUCCUCAGUCGCCUCCCAACCAAUCGGCAAAAAGGCGCGCAUGCACCCCCUGCGCCAAACCUCCUUCCCAGUCAACCUCGACGCGGAGCGCAGCUUUGGCGCGACGAGCGAUGCUGGCAGUGUGACGGGCAGUUUUACGGGAAGUCUCGGCGGAGCGAGUGCUGAUGGGGUCUUUUCUGGCGCUGCGGCGCGUGGAAAGAAACGUGGACGGAAGAGUAAAGCCGAGAAGGCGCGGGAAUUGGAGCGCGAGGAUGCGCUUAGCUCGAGGGCGGGUGAUACGCGGUUGGGCUCGAUUGAUGGUGAUGGGGCAUCGAAUGCAGAUGAUGGGGAUGAGGAUGAUGAUUAUGAUGAAGGGGAACUUUUGGGGAGGGAUGAGGGGACGACGGAUACGGAGGCUGAAAAGAAGAAUCUUGCGAUUCUUGUCGAUGCUUUUAAUUCCGCGCAGUCUGAGCGGUACGAUAUUUUCAAGCGAGCAAAGCUUAGGAAGGAGUCGCUCCGUCGUAUCGUCAAUCAUGCGCUCUCACAGUCUGUCCCGGCUAGCGUCGUGACUACAGUGAAUGGUUUUACGAAGGUCUUUGCCGGUGAAAUUGUUGAGAAAGCCCGAACAGUUCAGGAUGAAUGGGCCGACGCCCACGAUCUCGCCGCUCGUGAAGCCUUCGAGGCCCAGGAAGCCGCAGCUGAUAAGGCAGCGCAGGCCCGAGCUGAACGAGCUGAAGCCGCUGCUGCUGCACAGUCACAGUCCAAGCCAGCAACGCCUACACCCUCAGGCACACCAGUUCCUGCUGCCGGAUCUCACAGUAAUGGCAUCAAGAAAGAGCCGUCCGACACAAACCUCGCCUCAUCAUCUCCAGCUCCCGCAACCGGAACACAUGUCUCCCCCUCCCCGUCAAGAAAACCUACCAAGUCCGCAAUUUCAAGUCCUAUCCCCCCCUCGACAACGUCGUGA